UUGAGUUGACUUUAUGACCAUGAGAAUCAUUUUUGCGGAGAGCAUGAGACCAUAACUCAACUUAACCCUUCCUCAUUUUUUAUUCUUCGUUUCCGAAUAUAAUGGAUAAGCAUAUCCCUAUGCUCUUGAAUAUUACAUACAUAUCCUUUUUCUUCUUAUUAGUAAUAAUAACCACUUUUUUUCCACAUCAAUCCCACUCUCAACCACAACAACCUCAACCUGAUUACAAUUAUCGAAGUUGCAGAGACAUCAAAAACUUCUACAACUGCGGAAGAAUCACCAACAUCUCUUAUCCGUUCUGGGGACAAAAUCGUCUUUCUCCUUGUGGAGCUGGUAAACCAUUUUACCUUAACUGUAAGGAAAAUAACAUCACUACCAUUCUGUUAUCCUCACAAAAUUUAACAGUACUUGACAUCAACAUAGAAACACACACCAUGAAACUAAAAAGAACAGACCUUGAUCAAAAUCUUUGUUCUCCUCAAUAUAAUUAUACUUAUUUGUUUCCACCUCCGUUCCAACAUCUCCCAAGUGUCUAUAACAUCACUAUAUACUACAAUUGUACUCCAUCUCCUAUUACAAAUGAAAAAUCUUUAUGUAAAUCUCCGAAUCAUGCUUUCUUUAGUGUUGGUAAUGAAGAUAGGUUGUUGGAAGAAUCAAGGAAUUGUAUGAGUCAUAUUCAUGUGCCAGUAGGAGCAGAUUUUCCUGGUGUGAAAGAUUAUGUUGAUUAUUUUGAUCAUGAUUUUCUUGAAAAUGGUUUGGAUAAGGGGUUUGAGUUGAAUUAUACUAUGAAAGAGGAAUGCUCAAGGUGUUUGGGAAGUGAAGGAGGAGAUUGUAAAUGGGAGAGCAAUAAUGAUAUUGAGAAACAUGUAAAGUCCUCGUGCUAUUAUGAUGAUUGUUUAGAUGGAUCUGUUGAUUCUUCCACACAACACUGUUCUAAUCACAGAAGUAAGCAAAUGAGUUGGCAAGGGAAAAUGAAAAUCAUUCUAGGUGUUGGAAGUGCAGCAAUGGCAACCCUGCUAAUGGGCAUCAUAAUUUAUUGUUUUAGAGGCAAGCCAUCUAUGCUACAAGUAAAAUUUCCAUCUAAGACAAAUAAUGAUAUAAACAUUGAAGCAUUUCUAAAAGAUCAUGGAGCUCUACUGCAAAAAAGAUAUAAAUUUUCAGAAAUAAAGAAAAUGACAAACUCGUUCAAAAUUAAACUUGGUCAAGGGGGAUUUGGUGUUGUCUACAAAGGAAAGUUAUUGAAUGGUUGUCAUGUGGCAGUGAAGAUUUUGAAUGCAUCAAAAGGAAACGGUGAAGAAUUUAUUAACGAGGUUGCUAGUAUUACUAGAACCUCACAUGUUAAUGUUGUCACCCUUCUUGGAUUUUGUUUUGAAGGCCGUAAAAAAGCUCUUGUAUAUGAAUUUAUGUCCAAUGGUUCUCUUGACAAAUAUAUUUACAAUAAGGGACCUGAAACCAUUGUAUCUUUAAGUUGGGAUGAUAUGCAUCAAAUUGCGAAAGGGAUAGCCCGUGGGCUAGAAUAUUUGCAUAGAGGAUGUGCGACUCGAAUUUUACAUUUUGACAUAAAACCACAUAACAUUCUUUUAGAUGAGAAUUUUUGUCCAAAGAUCUCAGAUUUUGGACUGGCAAAGCUUUGCCUGAAGAAAGACAGCAUUGUUUCGAUGUCGGAUCAAAGAGGGACAAUGGGGUAUGUAGCUCCCGAAGUGUGGAAUAGACAUUUUGGAGGAGUUUCACACAAGUCUGAUGUUUAUAGUUAUGGAAUGAUGUUGUUAGAAAUGGUGGGUGGACGGAAAAAUAUUAAUGCGGAUGCAAGUCACACAAGUGAGAUAUACUUUCCUCAUUGGGUAUACAAUAGGCUUGAACUUGGUAGUGAUUUGAGACCUGAUGGGGUAACUGAUACAGAAGAAAAUGAGAUUGCAAAGAGAAUGACCAUUGUGGGUUUGUGGUGUAUUCAAACAUUUCCUAAUGGCAGGCCUACAAUGAGUAAAGUAGUUGAAAUGUUAGAAGUUAACAUGAAUUCAUUGGAAAUACCACCAAAACCAUUGCUUUCGUCUCCUACUAGAUCAUUAUCAGAGUCUUGCACGUCUUAAAUUUGACGGUAUGUAAAAUUGUUAUAUACUUUUUAAUCUUAGUUGAUAUCAUUUCAUCCCUU